AUGGGCUGCGAGCGCUGGGGGGGCGGCGGGGGGCACGCUGGGAGUGGCGGUUGUUUCAAGAUGGCGGAGGUGGCCGCCGGGCCGGGCGGUGGCGUUUACUGGAGCGGGGACCUUUCUGAAGACGAGCAGCCCAUGGUAUGUGCUUCAGGAAUAUCUGCCAAAGGAAACUUAAGAACAAGAUAUUUGCCAAAAUACCAAAAAAGUGAAACUGUGCCUGUAGCUGCUCCUUCUGUUUCUAUGGAUCCUGGUAAAAGCACUGGAGAUAUGACAGGGCCACAGGUCACUAAUGAUGGAGGAAUGAAGAGUGCUUCUUUAAAGGAUUUAUGUCCUGAGGACAAGAGACGUAUUGCAAACUUAAUUAAAGAACUUGCCAGGGUAAGUGAAGAAAAGGAGGUGACAGAAGAGCGGCUGAAAGCCGAGCAGGAGUCAUUUGAGAAGAAGAUCAGACAGCUAGAGGAACAGAAUGAACUUAUCAUCAAGGAAAGGGAAGCUCUGCAGCAGCAGUAUAGAGAAUGCCAGGAACUUUUAAGCCUGUAUCAGAAGUACCUAGCGGAGCAGCAGGAAAAACUAUCGCUCUCCCUCGCCGAACUCAGUGCUGCCAAGGAGAAGGAGCAGAAGGUAUCCUGUAAGAAGAGCUCAUGCCCGCAAUGGUGUUUGGAGCUAAAUGGUUCCUAUCUAGGUAUGAUACGACCACAAACUUCUUAUAAAAACAGCAGUGCAUCAAAGGCUGGAAGCCCAGGCCAUGCUGCAUUGUCCCAGCCUUGCAGAAAUAAUUGUGACUGUGGGUCUGAAAUCCAUCACAGCCAUCCAGAAUGUGUCCAGGAAUGUCCAGGCUUGCACAGAAAGUGCAAUAAUGUGAUUUCUUCAAGCAAGCAAACGAGCCCUCACCGUGUAAAACCAGCCCAGCCAACAGAGCAGAAAGGAAACGAAUUGCAGAGCCUCUGCCGUCAGCAGAGGAGUCACUGCUGCACCUUUAGGCAGGCAGGAAGCCCAGGUAACGUCCRAGAGAGCCACCUGGCCAGCCCGGUGCCUGGGAGACAGUCUGGACCCGCUCACGACACCAGUGGUUAUUCCAGGCUCUCUCGAGGUUCUGGGCGAAAUGACAGUGCAUAUGCUGGGUCCAAAGAAACAGAGGAAGCUAAAAGGCUCUCUGAAGAAAGAAAACAGCAGCUUCUUCUGCAGAAAAUGGAGCUGGAAGUUGAAAAGGAGCGACUCCAACAUUUGCUGGCGAAGCAGGAAGCAAAACUACUGCUAAAACAACAGCAGCUCCACCAGUCCCGUAUGGAUUAUAACAGGUUGAAAGGCCGAGAACCUGGUUUGGAAGAUCUUCCCAUUGGUGAAACACCAGGAGAACUUGCUUUGAUGAUGAACGGCACCGACAUAGGGCUAAGCUUGCCCGUGUSGAGAAGGGACCAUUACUUCCCCAGGACACCUGCCGUGAGCAAAGUCUCCAGAGCACCAGGGAGCAGUGGUGGGAGCAGCUCGGGGAGGAAAACGGUCGGGUUCGGUGCCAACGCGGGAGAUGGACGAGCCCUUGUGAUGCAGGCCAGGAAGGAAGGCAGCAGGUCGAGGAAAGGGACCACUUCAGCGCCUAGAAAAGAUGCAGCAACAUCUCCUGCACUGGUAAGGAGCAGGAAGGAGCUUGUGACCACGGCCACAUCACCAAUCCAGCAUGACACUUCAUGGUACGACGCCUCUCUUCUUGACCUGGUUGAGGCCAUGAGUCCCAUAUCUGCCCCGGGACCCCUCUACAGAGAAUCACCCAGCAGGAGCAAAAUGCAAACACCUCGUCCCGUGAGCCACGGGUCGGCUUGGCACCCGGCCCCUCGGAGAUCCGGGAGCAGAGCAGAGGAGUUGGAGGAGAGCCGGCUCCUCGAAGAGAUUUUCUUCAUUUGACAAGGCCUACUGGUCUACAGCCCCUCUGUAGAAUUUUUAGAACUUUUUUUUAUUUCUGAUUUGUUUGUGUCACAGUAUCAUUUUUAAAUUAUUUGAGUGAUGAUUGUCUUCUCUCCUCUAAAGCAUAGCUAAUAGCAUCCUGUUUCAGUUUGUAUUUAGCAAUCAUGUCCCAGGAACAUUUUUGAGAAACCAGUCAGGAAGUGUUACCUUU